AUGGAGAUCUAUCUCGGAAUUCUAUUGGUAUUCCUGUUUUUCAAAUCAAUUUCAUCGUUACCCUAUAAUUAUGUCUACAAUCAAAACCCAGAUUUAGGAUACGUCGCGGCUAUUAACGGAGCGACCGCUUACAGCAAAACAAAACUCAAUGGACCAAAGCGAUAUUUUGUUGGCAACACAAAUCAGAAGUAUAUAAAAUUGGUCAACGAAGAGGCUAUCGAUUCUUUGUUUACUGUGAGAAAGGAAUCUCCAAAAAGUUUUGCUCCAGUUAUUGAUAGAAGUCAUAUCAAAGAUCCAAGGCUCAUGGAAGUAGACGAUCAACGGCAAACGGGAAAGCCCGAAAGUGAUACACAUAGCGACAGUACAAACGUUCAGGUUCCACCAGAUGCCAAUAUAAAAACAAUUGAAAUGCCUAAUAACGAGAACAUUAAAAUACCUUUAAGGUCUAACGAUGACAACCAACUUCUAAACUCGCAGGGUCAGCAUUACGAAUAUAGAGUUCAUAAGGACAAUUUGAUGGCUACAAACUUGGAGACGGUUCCCAAGAGACAGUUUGAUUCGAAUCAAUCAGCUGUUAAAAAACCACAAUACUCUAUUCAGAAAUACAACGAGAAACCGAUGCAUAUAGGUAACAGGGAAAAAAUGAAGCCUAAAGUUCAUCACUAUAAACAACAUGCACAGGCCAUGGCAAGUGUCCUCCAUGAUAUGACCAAGAAAGCCAUGGAACGUUAUGACGAAAAACAAGAAAACAGAAAGCGCGAAACAAUAACCAAAAUUGACACUGAUGAACUUUUCACACCAAAAACAAACGUAGACUUUCCGAAGGAGAAUAGUGUAAAAUUUCUAGACCAUUCCAAAAACGUACCAGAACGAAUAGGUAAAUACGACGAGAGGGGGCAGCGGCCGUACGCCUUGUUCUACCGAGGCCUCGAAAACUUGGACCAUCGGGACUUCUACACCGGUUAUGUCGACGAUCAGUCGGUUGACAAUAACCUUAUGGACUUGGAAAUUAGUAUUAAGGAUAAGACCGCAGAUUCUGGGAGGGACAGGAAAGCUCGAAAAAUAUCAAACAUUAAAUUUAACAGAAACAAUAUAAACACCGAUUUUAUAUAG